UUGAUUCUUUUAAAGAAACCUAGUAAAUAAACUUAACUCUUAUUAUUCUUCUACUCAACCAAGCAAUCUCUCACUCUCUUAUUAACUCAACCAUUUAUUUGCACAAAAUUAGUUUUAUAUUUUAAAAUUGCUACAACAGUGAAAAUGAGCAACUUUUAUAAUGAAUCAAUUUAUCUUAAUUAGUCGAUAUUCUGUCCUUCGCUUAGUUCUUAGACUUCCUCUUAGGAUUUGCAAAGCACAGGGUCAUUUGAUAAUUAUUUCCAAAAAUAAUGUGGUGUUGAAAAAACAAGAAAAAUUAAGAAAUAAACAAAGAAGGACAAAAAGAAUCUUUUGGGCAGUAUUUCCACAACUUGUUAUGGGGAAAACUUCGAUGUGAAUGAAGAUGAAUUUCAACAAUAAUCGUAAAAGAACGAAAAAUCCUCAUAAAUUAUGUGCCAAAAACCUCAGACACAACAACUCAGAUAAUGCAUAGUUAAAGAUCCUGUGAUACCUCACAAAUACCUUAUAAUUCCAAAUAUAGUUAUUGAUUUCGAUUAAAUUAAAGAAGGUAUCUACAUUUAGGAUUAGAACACACUCCGCUUGUACAGAUAAACCGCUUGUGUCAAUUAUUUGAAGAAUCUUGAUAUGAUUGAAAUGGAAAUAGGUAUUAACAGUGAUUCAAUAAAAGAUUUUUCUUUUAUAUGUAAUAUGCUAGACAGUCUAGGAGACUAAAAAGCUCACAGUCUAGCCCAAGCUUUGCGUUAAUACGACAGUAUAAUCAAUCAGUGCUAAUAAGAAAAGAAGAAAUAUCCUUAAUAAAAUAAUCUUUCACCUAAUGAUUUGUAUAAAUCAGAAGCCAAUAACUCUUCAACAUUUAGCUUUGCUCAAAAUAACCAAGAAGAUGAUGUGUGGAAUUUUGAAAAAAGCAGAUAAAAGGCAUAUAAAAUAAUAUAAAAUAUUAUGAUUAAUAAUCCUCAAGGCUACAAGUACAUGUAUUUCAGAAUUCUUAGAGGAUCGAAGGACUCAUGUGAGAUGUUUAGUCAGAUUAACUCUAGAGAAUAUCUUCAAUUUCUACUUGGUACAAAUAAUAUCUAACAAAUAAUUCAAAUAAUUCUAAGACAUGGAAUGCUCAGCAAAAAAACUAGCGUUGACACUUUUUAGUGUUUAUAAUUCAGUGGAGAGCAAUUCCUUUAUGACACAUUCAAUUCUUAAAAAGACAGUUUGAGUAAUAAUUAUGACCUAAGCCUUGAAAACACUACAAUAAACGAUUGUACGUAUGCAAUGGAUAUAUCUUUUACAAAGCUCUAACUCAGCAAUUACAAGGACAGGUUCAAUGAUUAUUUGCUGAUUAUUUCUCCUAAAAAAUAUGACAACAAUUUUAUGCUAGGAUUACUAUUAAAAAGACUCGAAGAAUAGAAGUAGGCCCAGUAAAUGUUAUAAUAAAAUUAUAUGGAUAUUUAGUAUCAAGCCCAAUCAGAAGUUUUUGUGGAAAAAUUCUACUAAGAUAAAAUAAACAACAAUCAUGCAUGA